AUGGUGAACGUUCUAAAGCGCAUGCGCCAUCUCCAACCACUUUUUGCGAUCCGCCAUGGUGAAGGCGCUGCUAUUCUCCCUCCUCCUCCCUUACCCCAGUUGACGCGACUGAGUCUGCAAUACGAUCGCCAGCAAUGGAACAAGAGCACCAGGCCUGCAAGAAUCUUCCACAAAGAACAUCUGCCGCGAUUAAAAUAUCACAAUCCAGGUCUACCCAUCACAGUGGAACAGGGACCGGGCCGAUUACAAUUGACCUUUGAGAGUGCCGACCAGGAAGCGUUGAACGAGCUGGAAUCGACCUCUUUAGAGACAAGCAGCGAUGGAGAGUACAGGGCGACAUGGUCACCAAUAGAGGCAAAGUCUCAGGCGGGUUCUGAAGCCCCGACACCUUCACCAGCCUCUUCGGCAGGAUCUGCCUUCACCAGAAGCGUCGAACUGCGCUUAGGUCCACAUCAGCCUGGCAGCCUCUGGAAUUGGUUUCAGACCGCGACCAAGUGUGAGCCUUUCCCGGAGAACCCAGAAGAAACCGCGCAGAUGGAUAGGCUCAAGGAAUUCUUCGCCCAAGCAGAAAUUGAUCGACAACGGGUCAAGGCCGGUAUGGACGCCAUCAGGAAACAAAAGGAGGAGCUGAAGAAGGCAAGGGACGCCGCAGCGAGGAUGGCAAAUGAGGAAUAA